UUUUCUGGUUUUUUUUUUUUGUGGCUUAGGAAGCUCAACUGUCUUAUCCAUCACCAUCUAGCAAUAAUAAUUAUGGCUGGAAUAUUAAUCAUUAGUUGAGUUAAUCUCCAUGAGAAAUUGGCCAUUUAAGAUCAUAGGUAGCCAGAAAAUCUUUAAUUAAUUUUUUCCACUUGCUCAAAAACCCGCGACUUCAAAGCCUACUGAACUGCAAGCAAUUAGACAUACUUGUACGCAUUGCGUACCUACGGUAAUAAAAAGGGUGGACUGAAUAUUAUCACGUGAUUUUCCAGAACGUCGCUUUCCUAGAAACUCUGAGCUCUUCGAUUUCCACUCGGUCGUCGAACUGUCUUGUGCGUUUUUUCAUUUUUUUUCUGGAGAGGAAGGAGAUCUACCAAAAAUGGCUAAAGCUUCAACGUUGGCCGAAAAUCUAGAGAAGGAAUUGGAAUGCACUGUGUGCUUGGAACAGUUCAAAGAUCCCAAAGUUCUUCCGUGUCUUCAUUCCUUCUGUAAAAUAUGUCUGGAGGGGCUGGUCUGUAGAGAAGGAAACGCUUGGAAGUUGAAUUGUCCUUCUUGUUGGAUCAGUGUAGAGAUUCCUGAUGGCAACGUUGAUUUCCUACCGGUUAACUUCUUCCUCAACAAUUUAUUAUCCAUGGUUUCUCUUCAUGGUGAUUCUGGAAGUAGGAACUUGGAGUGUGAUCUCUGUGAUAAUGGGGACCCUCCUGUGAACAGAUGUACCAUAUGCUGCCACUUCCUCUGUGAGUUUUGCACCCAGGCUCACCGUCGUUUACGUAACACAAGGGAACAUUGUCUGGUGUCACUUGAAGAAGCAAAAAAGAUGGGAUCUGAGGCUGUGAAAAAACCCAGUUUUUGCAAGGAACAUGAUGGAGAGUUAUUGAAGCUGUUUUGUGAGACAUGCAAUGAAGCUAUCUGCAGAGACUGUACAAUUGUGAAGCAUCGUGAACAUAAGUAUACAUUUGUAAAAGAUGCUUUUGCAAAGAAUAAGAAAAGCAUGUUGAAAAUUCUCUCAGAGACAAAAAGUAAAGCAGGGUUACUUAAGGAGGCAAUUGAUAGAGUUUCAGAGAAGAAAAGAAGUGUUGAAUUGGGCUCAGAAAAGACUGUUCAAGAAGUUAUUGAAUUUUUUCAGAGCCUAAUAGCUAGUCUGAAUUCUCGUUGUGAAGAGUUAGUUCAUAGCACUUUAAAGCUGAAAGAAGCCAAGCAGAAGUCUUUAAAUAAUCAACAGGAAGAACUGGAGGCAGCCUUGUGUACCUUGCAAAGCAGCUUGGAAUUCACAGAAAAGGCUUUGGAAAAUGGUAGUGAAGUUGAGAUUUUAAACAUGCACAAGCAAAUGACUGGCCGAUUACAGGAACUAACUUCAACAAAAUGGCAACUGGAGCCAUGUGCACAUGAUGUCUUCACAUUUUCUGCUUGUGACCAAUUGGAGAAGAUGAUAACCAACUUUGGAAGUGUCACUGAUAGACUCACAUGUGCUUGUACAUCAACAGUUGUUAUGGGAAAUGGAUUAGAGGAUGUGAUGUAUAAUACACUGUGUGGACAACGUGUUGAAUUCACUGUCAUUGCAAAAGGGCGCAAUGGGAGGAAACAGCAGGAAGGUGGUGAUAGAUGUGAAGUAGAAAUCUGCACACAGGCAGGUGAUGUAGUAUUCAAUGAUUCACCUAAAGACUGUGGAAAUGGAAAGUAUACAUUCUGUGUAACUCCAAAUGCUAAGAAUUUGCAGUACCAGCUGUCUGUGAAACUCAAUGGUUGUCAUAUAAAGGGAAGUCCCUACAAGUGGUUUAAUGAAAUGUGGAAUCUUUGCUCAGGUAGUUGGUGUUAUCUAACAAAUGGUUCUAUGAUGGCAUCCUGUAAAUGCAAUAUACCAAUGGCCAAAAGAAAGUUUAAGGAAGGAAAAAAGGUAUGCAAACAACCCUCAAAAAGGGUAUUAACCACAGAACCAACUUCCUGGGGCAAGAGUAGAAUAACCUUUGAAAGCGGAAUGGCAGUAGUUGGAUCUAAUACAUUUUCCAAUGCUAAACAUUCAUGGAAAGUCCAGCUAUGUGACAUUUCUGAAGAAUUUGCUUUUGGUAUUGUUGAAAGCACUUCUGUGACUGACAAUUCAGUGAAUUUGGAAGCUCACUGGAUGUGGAAAUCCAAAACUAAGUACAGUCAGGCUUUAUCAGUGCCCAAACUGAGUUCAAUAACUAACUGCAAUGACAAAGAUGUAAUUGAAUGCUAUUUGGACUGUGAUACUGAGACAUUCAUGAUGUUCAAUCAGCGCACCCAAGAGAGUGACACUUGGCAAGGUGUCAAAGGUGGAGUGCGUCCUUAUUUUCAAUUCUGUCAGGUUAGAGAGGCUGUUUCCUUAAAUUGGCAGGAAAAUGAGGGUGAUGUUGAGGAUGCUCUCUCCAGUGAGGAGAAAAAUAAUAUAGUACAUCGUCAAAAGAAAAGAAAGAAAGAUGACUAUUGGUAUUAACAGCAUAUUAUUGAGUAAUAAAUAAUCAAACUUAGCUUUGAAAUUCUUUGAUAUUGAACAAUUAUUGUUUAAUAUCAAAGAAUUUCAAAGCUGUAAUUAAAUUUAUUAUCCAACAGCACAAAAGUAGAAUUCAAAUAGGGGGUAAAUAGAGUUCAGAUAUCCUGUGAUUUUGUAUGGUUAUUUGGACAGUUGGUUAUUUUGUACUGUAAAAAAAAUAUGUUUGACCAGUUGGCUGCGCAAGCUAUGCUUUCCUACCCACUUUGCUUUUCCCACCUAAUGUGAAAUUAGCAGAAAGAAUUUGCAGAAAAAAAAAGCAGUUGGAUAAUAAAUAACUUAUUUAAUGUCUUGGUGUGUAGUAUUGCCAAGUAGUCUUACUCAUUGUUUGUAUUUUGACUUACCCUAUGGGCUUGUCAAAAUACGGCACAACUUGUAGAAAUAUUCAGAGAUACCACACACCAAAACAUCUACUAGGAUAUAUGUAUUUUUUAUUGGUAGAAUUCAUGAUAUCAGAUUUAGAACUAAAACUAUUUCAUUUUGUAGCAAUUGCUCUGGUGAAGGGCUUAUGCUCAAAAUGUUAGCUUUUAACCUCCAAUCCCUAUGAUGAAGGGAUAAUGCUCAAAAUGUUAGCUUUAAAACUCCAAUCACUCUGAUGAGGGGCUAACACUUGAAACAUCAGCUUUUAAGUUACAAUUGCUCUGAUAAAUGGCUAAUGCUCAAAAUGUCAGCUUUUUAAACUCCAAUUGCUCUGAUGAAGGGCUAACGCUGGUAAUGUCAGCUUUUUAAACUCUAAUCACUCUGAUGAAGGGCUGACGCUCGGAACAUCAGCUUUUAAACUCUAAACAGUGGCCACUUUACAUUAUCAACUCAGUUGAUAAUACUAAAUUACUGUUGUAUUCUCCUGCCAACACAACACCACAGUUUCUCUAAAAACUUACCCCAUUUACUUCAUUUUGUACAUUGAUUAUUUGCAUGAAGUCAAAGAACAAAUUUGUGACAAGAAAACUGAAGGACAAAAAUGGAAUAUCAUAAGUAUGUGCUGCUAUUCAUAAUGUAGGAAUACCAAAGUAAGGUGACUGUAUCAGAAAGAGUUUAGGAAUCAAACAGCUCAUUAAUUAUAUCAAAUAGGCUAGAGCAGUGGGCUUUAAAGACAUGGUAAAAUUGAAUAAUGGCUGUAGAAAUAGUUUUGCUCAAAACCAUCUUCAACCAUGUUUGAAGGAAAAAAAUAGCCUCCCUUCUUUUGUG